GGCAGGUCAAGGGGGAGGGAAGAAGAAGAAGAAGAGGGCGAAGGCGAAGGCGAAGGCGAAGGUGAAGGUGAACGGGGAGGGGGAGGAAGAGGGCGAAGAGGACGAUGCGAUUGUGGAGAGGGUGUGCGAGAUCGUGCGGGCGUGGACGGCAACGCACAGUCGGGGCAAGGUGAUCAUAUACGGGGGGACGAUCAAGAGGGUAGAACAGAUUACGGCGAUAUUGGGUUGCGUGGGAUAUUGGCGAGGGGUGGGCAGCGCAAAGGAAAAGGCCCGGCGGGUGGAGGAAUGGAGGAACAGCAAGGGGGGCAAGGCGGGAUGGAUAGCGUCGACGAAUGCGUUGGGGAUGGGGAUCGACGAUCCGGGCGUAUGUUUGGUGGUGCACGCGGGGAUCCCACGACAGUUGGUGAACGUCGUACAAGAAAGCGGUCGAGGGGGGCGAGGGGGGCAGAGGAGCGAGUCGGUGGUGGUGGUUCGACGGUCAUGGUUGGUGCAGCAGAGGCAGCAAAAGGAGCAGGAAAAGGAGAAGCAGUUGCGUGGAAAGAAGAGUGGGCAGCCGGAUCAGUGGGCAUGGGACGACGACGUGAUCGAGUUUGCCGAGGGAAAACGGUGUCGACGAGAGGUGUUGGACCGAGAGAUGGACGGCAACAAGGACCGAAUAGGGUGCGUGGAGGGGGAAGAGGCAUGCGAUGUGUGUCAGGGGCAUCGGGUGGCGAGGGCGAUGCAUGAGUUGACGGAGUGCGAACCGUGGUGGGAGAAUGAGGAGGGCGAGUGGGUGGAUAGAGUAGAGGAGGACGAGGAGGAGAGACGGGAAGCGGAGAUUGAGGCCGAUUAUCAACGCAGUCAGCGGCCGAUUCGAGAAAACGAGAGGAAUCGGGAGGUACAGGUGAUGCGAGAGACGGCCGAGUUGCAUCAGUUUGAGGACAUGUUAGCCGCGUGGGCGGGACGUUGCGCGGUGUGUAUGAUGCAGGGUGCAGACGAGGUUGAGCACCGGAUGGAGGUGUGUCCAGAAAGGAAUACGUGGAAGUGGGAGAGUGUGCAAAAGGGCGUCGAGGACGUGACGGAGGAGAUGAUAACGAAGCAGAGGUUUGCGCGGUUUUCAGCAUGUUUCGAUUGCGCAUUGCCGCAGGCGAUAUGUUGUCAGUGGGUGGAGGCAAGCAAUGAUGGACGGUUAUUCAAACGGGAUAGGACGAAGAAGUGCCAGUAUCCCGGGGUGUUAUUCGAGAUAUUGGUAGCGCAGAGGGUACGAGGGGUAGAGUGGUGGUGGUGGUGGAUGAAGAAGAUGAUGGGAGUAGAGGAUUUAGAUGCCACCGACGCGGAGGAUAUGGCGAAGGUAUAUACAUGGUUAGGGGAGAUGGUGGAGUGGGGAGGUAGAGUAGGAGGUGCGAUCCAAGCGAGUCGAAUGUGUCAGGUAGUGACACGAUUGGAGAAAGAGUGGGUUGAGGAAUAGAGUAGGAGGGUUGGAUUAUCAUCGAAAUAAAAAGAGGCCCAUACAUAACCAGAUUUAGUA